UGUCAGAUCAAUUGAUGUGUUCAAUUGCAGUGUUGAUCUCCAGUUAUUGCUUAUGUUUUAUUGCCGUAGACCGAUAUCGAAGUAUUGUCACCCAAACCCGGAUACCGUGGGAUGUUAAUAAUGCCUACGUUCUAGUGGCUAUAUCUUGGGCAGCUUCAUUUGCUGCAUCAUCACCACUGUACUAUACUCAGGGACUUAAAACGAUUCAGUUCCAUAAUGAUACCUUCUGUGGAAUGUUUUGUGGUGAAUAUAAUUGGCCCAAAAAUAGACGUAUUAAAACUGCAUAUGGCUCUGUGAUAUUUGCUUUUCAGUAUCUUUUUCCAGUGGCUAUUAUGUCAUUUUGUUACUGGAAAAUUCUAAUAAAGGUACGAUCAGACUGGAUUGUUACUGAAGGCUCCAUGUUAACUGAAGCACAGCAGGCACAAGCAUCUGUUAGAAAAAAACGUGUAAUGUAUGUGUUGAUACUGAUGGUUGCUGCUUUUAUGGGUUCUUGGCUUCCGCUGAUGGUUUCUAACUUGCUACGAGAUUUCGGCAUUGCAUCUUUCUUAGACCAACAGACCUAUUUUAAACUUCUGGCUGCGCAUGCCGUUGCAAUGACCUCUGGGCACAGAAAAGAUCUAAAGCGGGAUAUGCUUUGGUUAACAAACGCUCGAAGAGGUAAUCAACUAGGCGUUCUUACUAAAUUUGCUCCGUCACCGUCUGCACAUAUGGUUUAUAGGCGUCUACUGGAAAAUCAUCUUGUCUCCAAUGAUUAUCGACGUCGAACAGUUGGAGACCCGGCAUUCAUUGCUAAUGAACGAGCAUUAGCAGAAAUGUACGCUAACUGUUUUUUAUUAGUGCCUUUAGUAUCUAUAUGCCAUACCGCAACACCGAAUACGGCAAACAAUAAUAAUGAACUGAUGGAACCAAAUGCCAACACUGAUAUUGACACAGUAACUUUACGGUAACA